UUUUCUUCUUGUUUUCUCAUUUCAUUUCCUUACCUAUCUUUCUCGGUUUCUCUCUCUUUCUUCCUUGAUCUGCUACGAGUCGUUUUGAAUGAUCCACCAAGCUUUUACCUCUUUCUCCUUCGUCUUCUCCUUCUUCAAUGUCGUGGAAGCUUUCGAAUUAAUCUCGGUCCUCGUUUCGUAGAUUUGGAGCCGAGCGUCUUUGAAUUCAAGGGAGACAAGAAAGGAUUUGAUUUUCGACACUCUGAGUCGCUCUGAGUCUUUGUUUCGGUCAUUGCGAUAGGGUUUUAAGGAAAUGAAGUCUUCGCUUGGUAUGCUUCGGAGAUUCGAACUGCACAGAAACGAUGCCAAAGAUAAGAGAGACGUUCAACCUUUGGCUCAGGUCGAUGAGCUCGCUCAGGCUGCUCAGGACAUGCAAGAUAUGAGAAAUUGCUAUGAUGGCUUACUUUCUGCAGCUGCUGCUACAGCGAACAGCGCAUAUGAGUUCUCAGAGUCACUGCGUGAAAUGGGUGCUUGUCUACUGGAGAAAACUGCAUUGCACGAUGAUGAAGAGAGUGGCAAAGUUUUUAUGAUGCUUGGGAAGGUGCAGUAUGAACUUCAAAAACUUGUUGAUAGCUAUCGCUCACAUAUAUUUUUGACAAUUACAAACCCAUCAGAGUCUCUUCUCAAUGAACUUCGAACAGUUGAGGAAAUGAAACGACAAUGCGACGAAAAAAGAGAUGUGUAUGAAUACAUGGUGGCACAACAGAAAGAAAAAGGAAGGUCAAAACGUGGGAAGGGUGAACAUUUUUCUUUGCAGCAAUUGCAAGUGGCUCAUGAUGAAUAUGAUGAGGAGGCUACAUUAUGUGUUUUCCGAUUGAAGUCUCUGAAGCAAGGACAGGCCCGAAGUCUUCUAACACAGGCAACUCGUCACCAUGCUGCUCAGUUGAAUUUCUUCCGGAAAGGACUUAAAUCACUUGAGGCUGUUGAGCCGCAUGUUAGAUUUAUUACAGAGGAGCAACAUAUUGAAUAUCAAUUCAGUGGACUUGAAGAUGACGGUGGGGAUGAUGGUGAGGAUAACGGCGAGGAUAAUGGUGAGAAUAGCAACGAUUCUAAUGAAGAUGGAGAAUUGAGUUUUAACUACAGAUCAAGCAAGCAGGGGAUUGAUAUCACCUCUGCAUCAAGGAAUUCAAUGGAGGUUGAUGAAGUGGGACUUUUGUCUCCUCAAGCUUCAAGAGUGGAACACGCAGAUAUAAAUCUGGAUAAAAAUCAAUGGGAUCUGAGGGUCUCGAGUAGAGAACCAAGAAUAGGCAGCCACUCGGCCCCAAUUUUUGCAGAGAAGAAGUUUGAUCCAGCUGAAAAAGCUAGACAACUGCAAGCAUCAACUACACGGAAGUCUAAUACAUAUGUGCUGCCCACUCCUAUUGAUGCAAAGGGUUUGAUUUCUUCAAGAACAAGCAGCACGGUUCCAGUCACAAGGCCAAGUGGACGAACCCACAACUUAUGGCACUCUUCCCCAUUGGAAGAAAAGGAUUCUGGUGAUGAUAAUCUGUCAGGACCGAAUUUCUUAAAAGCUCAGUUGGUACAAAAAGAGAGCAACAGUAAUAAUACCUCCACCCAACUACCUCCUCCGCUGGAGGGACUUACACUUCCACAGCUUGAUACGUUUAAUGCAUCUGAUACCAAAAAGAUUAAGAGACAUGCUUUCUCUGGUCCAAUAACUAGUAAGUCAUCAUCGACAAAGCCUGUGUUAUAUGCUAGUGGUCCCAUUGCAUCAAGUGAACUACCUCAAAUAGUUUCUGGAAUGCUGUCUCGUUUACCAAAUCCCCAACCUUCAUCUCCAAAAGUAUCCCCAAGUGCUUCACCUCCCCUUGUUUCUUCACCCAAGAUAAGUGAGCUUCAUGAGCUUCCUAGACCCCCAGGUAGUUUUGGUGUGAAACCAACAAAGUCUUCUGGAUUUGUUGGUCACUCUGCUCCCCUGGUCUUGAGAAAUCAAGAACUUAACAUGCCUAAUAAAAUCCCUUCAGUGACAUCAAACAUGGCAUCGCCACUUCCAACUCCUCCACCAUUGGUUGUCCCUAGAAGCUUCUCCAUACCUUCAAGCAAUCAAAGAGCAAUGGCGUUGCAUGUAGCAAGACAUUUGGAGUCUCCUCAAGUUCCAGGCAAGGCUGAAGAAGUUGCUUCACCUCCAUUGACGCCAAUUUCCCUAUCAAACCUGAAACCAGUAUCAACUGUUUCUGAAGUGGCCUCGCACUCUAGUCCCAUCCGAGUGGAUGCAGGUGGGAGCUGAUAUCAUAAAGAUUGGGUGAAGCAGUGAAUUUUUUAGGUUUGCCCUUAAGAUUGUUUUGGGUCUCAUUGUUUUCAUGUUAGGUACAGAGUACGGGUUUGUAAAUAUGUUGGUUGGGUGUAUUGUUUAGUUUCUCAUCUCAACCUUUUCCUUCACCCUUUGUUGUAGCUUAUGAUGAGAACUAAACUAUACGGAAAUUGUGUCUUCACGAUGUAUCAUAUAUAUCUUCAAAUGAAGAAUUUUGUUAAAUGUCCCA